GCGGAGCGCACACAAGGCUGGAGAGAGCUCCGCUGCCUCCGCACAUGGGCCGGCCUCGCCUCCGCCCCUAGCUUUGGCACCCGGGGUCUCGCAGCCCCUAUGCGGCUUUGGCCAUUGGACCAGUCAUGUCUCUCGGCGGAGCCUCGGAGCGUAGCGUCCCGGCCACCAAGAUUGAAAUUACUGUGUCGUGCCGGAAUCUGCUAGACCUGGAUACAUUCUCCAAGUCGGACCCCAUGGUGGUGCUUCACACGCAGAGCCGGGCCAGCCAGGAGUGGCGGGAGUUCGGACGAACCGAGGUGAUUGACAAUACACUGAACCCAGACUUCGUGCGCAAAUUCGUUCUCGACUAUUUCUUUGAGGAAAAGCAAAAUCUCCGCUUCGAUGUGUACAACGUCGACUCUAAAGCCAAUAUCUCCAAACCGAAGGAUUUCCUGGGACAAGCAUUCCUGGCCCUGGGAGAGGUGAUUGGAGGCCAGGGCAGCCGUGUGGAGCGACCUCUUACGGGUGUGCCAGGCAAGAAAUGUGGAACCAUACUGCUGACAGCUGAGGAGCUCAGCAACUGCCGGGACAUUGCCACCAUGCAGCUGUGUGCAAACAAGCUGGACAAAAAGGACUUCUUUGGGAAGUCAGACCCUUUCCUUGUGUUCUACAGGAGCAAUGAAGAUGGCACGUUCACCAUCUGCCACAAGACAGAGGUUGUGAAAAACACGCUGAAUCCAGUAUGGCAGCCCUUCAGCAUCCCUGUGCGGGCACUGUGCAAUGGAGACUAUGACAGAACAGUGAAGAUCGACGUGUAUGACUGGGACCGAGAUGGAAGCCACGACUUCAUUGGUGAGUUCACAACCAGCUACCGGGAGCUGAGCAAGGCCCAGAAUCAGUUCACAGUGUAUGAGGUACUUAACCCUCGGAAGAAAUGCAAGAAGAAGAAAUAUACCAACUCGGGGACCGUGACGCUCCUUUCCUUCUCUGUGGACUCAGAAUUCACUUUUGUGGAUUACAUCAAGGGAGGGACACAGCUGAACUUCACCGUAGCCAUUGACUUCACUGCUUCCAAUGGGAAUCCCCUGCAGCCUACCUCGCUGCACUACAUGAGUCCCUACCAGCUCAGCGCCUAUGCCAUGGCCCUCAAGGCAGUGGGAGAGAUCAUCCAGGACUACGACAGUGACAAGCUCUUCCCAGCCUAUGGCUUUGGGGCCAAGCUGCCCCCAGAGGGGCGGAUCUCCCACCAGUUCCCCCUGAACAAUAAUGAUGAAGACCCCAACUGUGCAGGCAUUGAGGGCGUGCUGGAGAGUUACUUCCAGAGUCUGCGCACAGUGCAGCUCUAUGGGCCCACUUACUUUGCUCCUGUCAUCAACCAGGUGGCCAGGGCUGCAGCCAAAAUCUCAGAUGGUUCCCAGUACUACGUCCUGCUCAUUAUCACUGAUGGCGUCAUCUCCGACAUGACACAGACCAAAGAGGCCAUCGUCAGUGCCUCCUCACUGCCCAUGUCUAUCAUUAUCGUCGGGGUCGGACCUGCCAUGUUUGAGGCAAUGGAAGAACUGGAUGGUGAUGACGUGCGUGUAUCCUCCAGGGGACGCUAUGCAGAGCGGGACAUUGUUCAGUUUGUCCCAUUCCGAGAUUAUGUUGACCGAUCAGGGAACCAGGUGCUGAGCAUGGCACGGCUGGCCAAGGAUGUACUAGCUGAGAUCCCUGAGCAGCUGCUGUCCUACAUGCGCACCAGGGACAUCCAGCCUCGGCCUCCUCCCCCUGCUAACCCCAACCCAACCUCAGCCCCAGAACAGCCCUGAGGACUCCACAUACCCAAUACUUAGCAGUCUGCUUACCUGUCUACUCACUGCUGGAAGCUAAAGACACCUGGAAUUCUGAACCUCACUCACCAGGAGGGCCAGCUAGGUUGAUCAGUGCUGGCUUUUUGCCUCCUGACUUCAGAAAGGCUUGGCAUGAUCACCACCUACCUGCCUCCUGACAAUAAUAAAGCUGAUCUUACUCAA